UUUGCUUCGGUUGAUGCCCGUCUCAUUGGUGCUCUCGCUUGUCGAGUGAGGCUAUCUCCGCGGAGCGCUGAGCUGUUGGGCGUGUACUUGUCGGAUACAGAUAUGAAAAUGGCUGCCUACAAUGAGGAUCAGAUCGCAGAGUUUCAAGAGGCAUUCCAAAUAUUUGAUAACAAGGGGGAUGGCCAGAUCCAUGUGGCCCAGAUUGGCGAUGUGCUGCGUGCCCUAGGGCAGAACCCCACUGAGGCAGAGGUGAAGAAGCUGUGCCAGUCUCACCGGCCAGAGGACCGCAUCAACUUCGAGGUGUUCCUGCCCAUCAUGCAGACCAUCACCAAGCAGAAGUCGGCCGACACCGCCGACGACUUCAUCGAGGGCCUGCGCCACUUCGACAAAGAAGGCAACGGCUACAUCUCGUCUGCCGAGCUGCGGCACCUGCUCACCACCCUGGGCGAGAAACUCUCCGACGAAGAGGUGGAGCAGCUGAUGACCGGCCACGAGGACUCGCAAGGCAACGUUAAUUACGAGGAGUUCGUGCACUCGGUGCUGAGCGGCUAGAGGCGUGACGGCCGCGGGCGGCGGCGCGCUGCGCGGCCGGGUGCCGGACGGCCGGCCCCACCGCCCGCGCUCGCGGUCCGCGCCGCCGUCGGAUAGUGAACGGAGCGACGCCACGCUAUCUCUGAUCCGUAAUCGCAGUCUGUCCCGGUGUGGGGUGUGGCGCGGCACGGAGCCGAGCGCCGCGCCCGGGUCCCGCCAUCGCGGGCGCCCCAGUUCGCCGUCUUGGAGCGGGCCGCUCGCCGGCCAGGUGCUGAGAGUCUUCGCAGCUAGCGGGCGCCGGACCGUCGGCCGCGGCGGGCCGCCGCCUGGCUACGCCGGCCCGGCCAGCCACCCGCCCUGCUUGCGGUCCAUCGGCAGGAAACGUGGGCGGGAGAGCGACGAGUCGUUAAUGCUUGUGUCGACUAACAGGCCUGUGCGAUAUUUAUUAUUCACGUUUUCCGGUUCGGUCGUACUUUAUGCGUCUCUGGCGGUCCUCUUGUGGCCCGGCUGUUUGCAGAUGACCUUGUCGCCUGCAGCCCCGCAGGCCCGCUGGAAGCCGUGCCUUUUGCGUCGAUUCGGACAAGGUGUACCCCUGGGGCGGUCGGACGCGUGCUCGCCGAAUCCCGGGGCUAGCAACACAUUCCUCGGUUGUGGUCGCCAAUCCUGCUGUGUUGUGCUAAUCACUUUUGUAGCGCCAGGACGACUGUUUUUGGCAGAGGACGGCCUAAAUUAAAAAUAUACUUUUCUAGACG